UACAUUUUUUCCUCCUCGGGACAAUGGCCGCAGCUCACCCUCCUCACACUUCUACUCUCACGGAUCCCACCGAGCGGAGCAGCGAGUCAUCGCUGUCGAACACGCGGAAGAGCAGACGACUCGAUGAGUUAAUAUGGCUGUUUUAUAAAAGCGCAUUUUAAUGCUGUGUACUCCGGACUAUUUCAAACUCCCACGUGGAGCUUCCCUUUGCUUUGGCUGAGGAGGAUUUCUCCGCUGACGCCGAUCGUUUACGUGCGUAAAGUUGUGCGUAAAGUUAUUCUUCACGCUUUGCGGGGCAAAAUGAAGAUAUCACUGCAUUAUUUAUGAUCCUUACAACUUUUAUACGGACAAUAUGCAUGCUCUAGCGAGGCAGGCUGUGUUGUAAUUGCAUAAUCAACGUGGGGAAAUUGCUGUUUCAUAGCUGUGCCGCUUUUGUUCGCUGCGACAAAAGAAAGGCGAUUGUAUAUCUGGAUCAACUUUUUGAGACUUUUAUUGUACAAUAAUCUUUGCAUAACUAUUUUUCUCAAGCGUUGCCUGAGGCACUGCGCAGGCGCGCUGGCCGCUCGCUGUCACUAAGACAUUUUUCUUCACGUUGGAAACUGUCACUGGUGACGUCAAUCACCGAGCUCUGACCAAUUAGAGCGCAGGGUGAUUGUUUAGCUCCACGGGCUGCAGCGCCUACCAUGAAUCUCUAUUCAGUAUCAAAGCGUCCUGCUGCUGCCUCUCAACCGAAUGGGAUUCCAUGUAGUCUGCAGAUAGACUUAACUUUAUAAAGUCUUUUUUUCUUUAUUUUUCAUUGCGAUUAAAAUAUAUUUGUCAUCAUCAUUAUUAUUUUGCCUGCUGUCAAGUUAUUCUAAAAUUAGGAAGUAAUGAGCGUGGAUGCACUGGGAAGCCCCGUGAUGGACCCUACGUUUUCCAAACGGAACACGGCGCUGAGAUUAGUUGACUUGGCAGGGGCUCACCACCAUCACCAUCAUCACCACCAUACCCCUCAGAGCGUGACAGGCUUCCCGGGGUUCAGCAGCCAUCCACACUCAAUGGCUCACUCGCACCCUGGGGAGAUUACUGCGGAACCCCGCCUGGGGCCGAGUCCAUUCGGGCCAGAACACAUGGGGCACUCCGCGGCCCUCAAAAUCAGCCCAGCCCAUCAUUAUCCCCACCACCAUCACCACCACCACAAUCAUCAUAUGGCAGGCCACAGUGAAGUGGUCUCCAGUCAAACGGGAGCUUUUGGCCCGGUUCAGGCGACAUCCGUGCCCUAUUCUAUGUCUCACACGGCCCAGGCUCUAUCCGCAGGUAGGGAUUUCCUCAUCCGGAGAGAUCUGACAGCUCAAGCCAUGCCAGUUCUGACUGACCAGACUGCUGGUUCAGCCUCUCACCACGGAAUGUUUGUCUCAACAACAGGUAGCUAUCCCGGACACUAUGGUCACCACCCUGACGCUGGGAACCAUACCCUCUUCUCCGGACUCCAUCACGACCAGCCUUCUAGCGGAUCACCGGGUGGCCAAGCGCUGAAUGGACAAAUAAGGUUAGGACUACCUGGAGAAAUGUACGUUCGGUCUGAGCACUUGAGUCAAGUGGCAAGCUCCAGGGCUGAUCCCUUCUCCGCCUCGCCGUUGCACGGCUACGGUGGACUGAAUCUGAACAUGAAUCUGAGCGCUCACCACCACCACCACCACGGAGCCGGCGCGUUUUUCCGCUACAUGAGGCAGCCGAUAAAGCAAGAGCUCAUCUGCAAGUGGCUGGAGCCGGAGCACUCGCCGAAGAAACUUUGCUCCAAAACUUACAGCACCAUGCACGAGCUGGUUACGCAUGUGACGGUGGAGCACGUCGGAGGACCCGAGCAGGCGAACCAUAUCUGUUUUUGGGAAGAGUGUCCUAGGGAAGGCAAACCAUUUAAAGCCAAGUACAAACUUGUAAAUCACAUCCGAGUGCACACCGGGGAGAAACCGUUUCCAUGCCCGUUCCCAGGCUGUGGGAAAGUGUUUGCAAGAUCCGAGAACCUAAAGAUCCACAAAAGGACGCACACAGGUGAGAAGCCCUUCAAAUGUGAGUUUGACGGCUGCGACAGACGCUUCGCCAACAGCAGCGAUAGGAAAAAGCACUCCCACGUCCACACCAGCGAUAAGCCCUACAACUGCAAAGUGCGAGGCUGCGAUAAGUCCUACACGCACCCCAGCUCCCUGAGGAAACACAUGAAGGUGCACUGCAAGUCCCCCCCUCCCAGCUCGGGCUACGAGUCCUCCACCCCGUCCCUCGUGUCCCCCUCCUCAGACUUGGGCCGGGAGCCAGGGGCCUCCUCGGUGCUCUCGGAGCCCGUGGGAGCCGCCUCCUCGCAGCCCGCCAAUUUAAGCGAGUGGUACGUGUGCCACAGCUCAGGUGCCAGCGGAGCCCAGACACCGCCCAGUGGGCCUUCCACGCCCGACCCAGCAGACGAGCCACCGUACAGAAACCCAGGACCGAGGGACGCGUUUUAACCUGCUCACUCAGAGCAGACUCAGACAGAACACAUUUCCAAAAGCUCAACUAUUAAAAAUAGUUUGGCUUUGGUGCCUGAAUAUGCCUGGAUAGGCCCCCCUUUUUGGAUGAGCCAGACACCCAGAGCCAAGAGACGCAUUUUAAACCACAUUGAAGGGAAAUGUAAACCUUAAAGACGUGCUAAUUUCCAGGCACAAUAAAAAGAAUAUAUUUUGAAACCUCAGCGAUUAAGAUGCUUGGCUCAGUGCCUAUUACGGCCCACUGGUCUACUUGUGGGGAGAGUCGUGUAAAUCCGUCACAGACUAUAUGCUACUUUAUUGUAGGCUAGGCAUGUUGGUGUCAAAUUAUUUUGUAAAUGACGAGUUUUGAAUUCGAUAUGUUUUUAUUUAUUUUUCAAAUCUGAUCUCGGAGGAUUUUUUUGUAUUAUCGAACCAAAGUGCAUGUUUCGAUUUGGGCAAAACAGAUGUACAUUUGUAAAUUUUGUAACUUUGGAUGUGUUGAUGUUUUGUAAGGAUCUGUCUCAGAGCGGUUUCUUACUGCAGUUCUUCAUGUUUACAGACUUUUUUUUAAUUUCCCAUUUGUGCAAAGGCUCGAAAAUUCAACUGUUUCAUAAGCAGUAUUUGAUAUACGACCGUGAAAUUCUACAUGUUUAACAAAGUGGGCAUUUUGUGAUUUUUGUAUUAUUGUCGUCAAUAUAUAUAUUUUUUUCUUUUGAAAUA